AUGAAUCUCCAGAUGCACUACCUUGGUGUCCUUAUCUCCCUAGGAUUACUUACCACCUGCGCAGUUAGUCUCACCUCCUAUGAACGAAGUUUUACGCCCUACAGCAACAAUCUCAGUUGCUAUGUUUGUGAGCCGGGAUCGAUGAACUUGACCAAUAGGACGUACGUUCAAUGGAAGAUUGAGAACAUGAGGUGCGAGGAGCCGACGGAGGAUCUCCUUCAACUGUGCGAGGAGACGGAAAUAUUUAAACCACGAGGUUGUGGGAAACUCGUUACAAAGUCCUAUCAGCAGAUCAAUUUCGGUGGAGAAAGAGAGGUCAAAUUAGUGCGUCGCUUCUGUGCCAGUUCUGGAAUGAAUCUCGACGAGCAGAAGUGUGUGAUGACGAUGUCGCAAGGCCGUUGGACGGAGAUGUGCGUGUGUGGAGGUGAAGCGUGCAACGGCGUAGGUCACGCAGCCGCCUCAUUUCUCUCCAUCGUCAGUCCCCUCCUCCUCCUCCCCCUUCUCCCCCUCGUACACAUCGCAUAA